AUGUUCAACAAAGUCAACCCUAUGAAGAACAUCAUCUCUCACGUUCCCGCGCACUUGUCAAAAGUGCUAUACAUCCCAAAGCAUACUGCUGAAACAACUCACUUUGCAGUGUACGACAUCACCCAGCGAUAUGCCGACAAGCUCGGGAGUCUUCCAAUGGGUUCGGAAGAUUACAAGGUUGUGCUGUUUCUUCUUCGAAAGCCGGGCGGAUGUCACGUCGGUGACGAUGCACGAUUUCUGAUCAACUCUGAUAGUUCCGGGUUAGUUUCUAUCCAGGAAAGAUGCAUUGGGCGGCAACCACUUGAAGGGGAUAUUUCACGUUCCGAUACCGAUACGAAUAGUAUACUGAUCCACGAUACAACGGGCGAGGUCAUUGAGCGGGCGUCUAUAGAAUCAAGCUACCCCCUUCCUGAUAAGAAGACAAAAAAGCAACUCAUUUGCUAUCCGUACUUGACCGUGUCAAGUAAGUGUGUCGACAACGAAACGCAGCCAUCAGGCUUGGAAUGGCAGGUCCAUCCAGUUGACAACGGACCACUCCGGUACGAACUGGUUGAUCCAGAACAAAGACGCCUGGGUAAUGGUGAUAGUUCAAUAUUGGCCAUCUACCAUCACCAUGGCUUCGAAAGCGAUCUGCCGACCUCUUACAGCCAUGGUGUCCUACUUCUACCAUUCGACUCAUCACCACUCUUGGACAUUACAGCUGUAUCAAGUCUUCUUGUUCUUCUAUCUACUGUGCGCAAGCAAUCUAUAGUACAAAAGCAAUCCCGCAUCAGAUCCCUAAUAACAUGUCUCUAA